AUGAAGCCUAUCCGGCCAGAUCCUGUAAGUAAAAGGGUCACCACAGCUGUGGACCAAACCUUAACUUGCAUUAUAGAAGGGCUAGACUCAAACUACCCUGUCUGGGUGACUUGGACAGAUGCAGAAGGAGAAAUAAUAUCCACCCAAGAUUACCCCAACUAUGAGAUAACCCAGGAGAGAGUCUAUGUUAACGGUUCCCAGUCAUCAUUACUCACCAUUAGGCAGUACAAGCUUCAGAGUUUUGCUGGCUCUUCGUCUUUUAAAUUCGGAUGUUCAGCAGAGUCAACUCAAUAUCAAGGAUCACCUCCAUCUAACCCUAUAAGCGUGCAUGCUGAAGUUCUGAAGUUAGAGGUUAUAACCUUGAACGCGAAAUCACUGACUGGUACAGAAACAAAAUUAACAUGUGAAAUACUUGGUUUGACGAGGAAAUUAGAGUCCUUGAGAUGGACGACCUCUAGAGGUGCUGACAUUACAAAUAAUGUCCUCGGAUACUCUACUGAUGCACCGGGGUACUUCAACGGUACCAGUCAAACAACAACUCUUAAAAUUGCCGCAGAACAGAAUGAUGGGAGUACCAGUUAUAAUUGCGUCGUAGCAUCUUAUGAGCAUGGCGUCAAGGAACUCAGCACAGCGGUCAUAUUCAAAAACAACAUAGGGUGGACAGCAGUAACACGUGACGAGCUAAUACCCUUCCCACUUGAAUCUACUUCACUGGAGAUAAGGACUGAUAGUCGGCUGGGAAGUGGUGAUACAGUGGCGGUGUUUUUCUACGAGGGUACCUCAUUAACCUCAUCAGGAGGAGUCUAUAUCUCCUUCUCAUCUACCCCCCGGUACUUGAUCUACUACUGCACCAGUUCCUACACUGAUUUCCCAGUUACUCUGCCCUCCACUACUGACAAGAUAUGGAGGAUUACCCUGACACGCAGUUCAGGUGUCAGAGUUACUAUACACUGUAAUAACGAGGAAGUAGCUAACGUGCUGCUAUCAGACACCUCGUGUGAUGACAGUAUGAGAUACUUCUGGAACAGAGAGACGGCGUAUAUAAUGUUUAGUGGUUCCGACACAGCCUCAGAUUACUAUAGAGAGGCUAAAUAUUCCAGUAACCAGAUAUAUUGUACGUGGCCUGGUAUAGUAACUAGUGUAAAGUAUAGUAACUAGUGUAAAGUAUAGUAACUAGUAUACAGUAUUUGACCAAAACCCAUAAUCAUGCACGGUUACGAAUUGUAAUAAAGCUUAUUGAAUGGGAAAAGCGAGCGACCGAUUUCAUUCUCGGUAUCAAUAUGCAUUUUCGAACGGCUAUUCAGAUUAAUAUCAUUUCCUUUUGUUUGGAAAAGAGAAACACUGGCAGCGGUCCACUCUACCCAUGAUUAUGGGUUUUGGUCAAAUAUCAUCUCUUUUUGAUUAUAAUGUUAGGAUAAUUUACAAAGUCGAAAUGUUAACUCAUAACUUCAUUAAUAUUAAUAUUAAUAAGGAAGUAAUUUAAACGAUUAAGACUAAUUAAUCUAUAAAUUGUCGAUUCAUUUCAUUCUAUGCAUCGGCAUGAAUUAAACAGGAAUUAAACAGGAAUGUGUUUUUCUUGCCAAUGAUACGACACUCUAGCACUCCAAUUA